AUGGAUAAGGUGGGGCUGAGAAUAUUAAAACUGCUGGCAGCUGUAGUAUACUUUGCUGGUACCGUAAUGUUUGCAUUUACAACUGGUGAAACAGUGCCACUAUUCUAUGCUGCCGGUAUACUUGUCGCUUUAAGUAGUAUAUGCAGCUUGAUAUGCAAUCAUCAAGUCAGUUCCAUGUUCCCACAGUUUCGUGGUCUUUGUAUAUCGCUUUUGUCUGGAGCGUACGACUCAAGUUCGGUUGUAGCUUAUGUGUUGUCGUUGACCUAUCUUGUAUUCCCAUUCAAAUGGUCGUUUAUUAUUUUGGCUUGCGGCUCAAUAGUUGUUGGCAGUUUUGUGGCACUCUUUAUCCUUACUCAGAAAUCUGAAGAUAUGGGGAAAUUCUCCUCCAUCAACACAGAAGAAGAAAAGUUAUGUGAGAAAACGUCAAUUGAAAGUUCGGGAGAAAUGGAUAUCUAUGGAGAAAUAUCUUCAAUUUUGGAUAAACGUUACCCAUCUUUAUUAAGUUGUGUUUUUUCUUUAUCAUACUUACUGAUUAAUCUUUGGUUUACUUUGGGUUUGUUUCGUUUCUCAUUUUACCUAUCGCACUUAGCAAAACACAUAAAUGAGGCGUAUCCUGACAAGUCAACUGCAAAUCAUUUGUUAAGUAUUUCCUCAGCAUUCUUCAUGUCGAGUUUCUUACUGUCACCAGUUACUGGUCUUAUGAUUGACUUCUGUCUCAAAAGAGCUCGAACGAGCAUUAAGAACAUGCUCACCAACGAACGUGAUUUAGCGAAUCCCGAUAAAAUGUAUUAUACUCUAACACUUGGCCUAGUCCCGGGACAAGGUCUUUUGGCUCUCUCUGCUGUUGCUCUGAGUGCAAUGAUGUUUAUACCUAGUCCUAUAGCUUCUUAUGCAUCGUUUGUAUUCUUGGUUAUAUUAAGGUCACUCUUAUUCAGUUGCUUCAUUAGCUUUCUUCUGUCUGCAUUCCCAAUACGUUUUUUCUUUAUCAUACUUACUGAUUAA